UAGUGGUGGCCGUUUGCCAAAAAAAAAAAAAAUAAAACAAUAUACAAGUUAAUAACGUUAAUUUAUUGUCACACACAAAUCAAUCGUAGUACUGCCGAGCGGACCGACGACGCGUUUGCGUUUAAUUCUCUCGUCGAUCGGUCGGUCCUAUUGAAGUUUUCUACGCGUUUUUUGAAAAUGCGAUUACCCGACACCGCUAGGUAAACACACGUAUCGUUGCGGCCCACCGGGGGAGGGAAAUUCGGGCGCGUCCGGCGGUUUCUAUCUCCACUCAGUCUCACGCGAGUUCUUCCCCGAAUCAUGUUGAAACCAGUGGACAUGAUAUACACCCUGCUCGCCAUCCUCCAGCAAAUGGUGCAUUCGCAAGACAUUAACACUUUGGCUCGAAAAAUAUACCACAAAAAUGGCACAUCAGUGCCCAUAGAAAUCUACGUCAGCUACACGAACAACCCGUGGGGGCCUUCGGCUUUGUUGGAGACGGGCCAAUCUGGCGGUAAAAACCAAAACAGACCCAAAAGGAGUGUGUAUCAGCUGUACAACAUGGUCGUGUGCGCCACCGGAUGCAAUCCGAUUUCUUAUCUCGGCUACGGCUGUUACUGCGGGUUCCUGGGUUCCGGAUCGCCUGUUGAUCCCAUAGACAACUGCUGCAAAAUGCACGAUUGGUGCUACGACAGCGCCGAUUGUCCAAUGUUCCUCGAAUACUUUACGCCGUACGUCUGGACGUGCUACAACAAAAAACCAUUGUGUUCACUGGGAGGUGGAUGCAGCCAGCGGUUGUGCGAGUGUGACCAAAAGCUGGCAAUGUGCUUGAGACGUUUCGGGUGCCCCACCCAGAAGGCCCUCUGCAAAACGAGCCCUUGGAGAUGGUUUCAGAACAUGUUGUUUUGAAAAUCGACGACUGCUGCGGCGUAUACACAGUAUUGUAUUGUUAACAUAAUAUAUAGACGACGAUAGCUUUCGAAUAAUGUCGUUUCUAGUCACUAUAUCAUAUCGUACCAGUAGAGGCGACUCACCGACGCCGCCGACACCGACGUGGAUAUCAUACCUAUUUCACAUUAUUUAUAAUAUAUAUAUAUAUAUAUAUGCGAUACGUGUGCACCGCCGAGGACUCGCUGCAUAUAUAUUAUUACUAAAUACGUACAUACACGUGCAGAUCGUUUGUAGCCACACGCACCCACACGUCAUACAAGCGUGUUAAACGGAACGCAAAAACAUAAUUUUAUUAUUGUGGUGUGUGCCUGUACCGCGGUUAAACAUGCGAUCGAGCGACGACUCGAGACCCAGGCUUCGCGAUGAUGUCGUCUCAGACGUCGGGUUGUUGUACCACGAUAAUAACAAUCGAUCGUGAAGACUAUACCUAGUGUUGUUUAUAAUCGAUGUGGUCGUACUUAUAUUGUACUAUUAUAUAUACCCGGGCACAUGAUAAUUGUGCGAUUUGAGCGUAGACCAUGCCGGCUGCACGAUGUAUUCAACGACGCCGUCUGCAGAGGUCGAGAAGGACUGCUGCGGAACAGGAAACACAAAUAUUUUACGUCGUCCGCGCAUUGCGGAAGUCGGCGAAUGUAUUGCGGAGGGCCGCAAAAUCCCGAGGGACGAGGCUGUUUCUCUCCCGAACCGCACGAAACAAUGUGGAAGUUAUCAUUUAUCAUAAUAAUAAUAAUUGUAACACGAGGUCGCGAAUUAAUCGUGAUGACGUUGUGCGGAUUAGAUUUUCAAAUAGUAUUUUACCUUUCUCGUUCCAAGAGACGCGCGUUUCGUAUAUACCUGCAAAAAAAUAUGUAUCGUGUUUAUUAUAUUAUUAUAUUGUUUUAAGAUGUGCAGCUGUAAACGUUCGUAUUACGACGUAUUUUGUAAACACAUUCUUCCUAUAAGUAUAUUGUAUUGCGUUAUGUUUAGAAAUUAAUGAAAGAAAUAAAAAUCUUCGAUUAUUACCUACACAAACUGAACGCGUCGAAUUAAAUACUUCCAUUGGUCACUAAUAUUAUAUGUCACUCAUUCGUAAGUACGUACCGCCCUAUUGGCUAUUAUUGCAUCGUAACACUUGGGGAUGUUCAAGUUUUGAGACGUCGUGAGAUGCUGCACACCCUCCAAUCACGUGCGUAUUGUAAAAAUGGUGUAGAAAUUAUAGAUUUCCACGAAGUCUCAUCAUUUCUUCUUCUUCUUCUUCUUCGUCUUUGAGUCAGCCAGCCGUGUCAGAUUUCUUUCUUAAUAAUACCAGUAGCCAGUUUAAUGCAAUCGUCAUUGAGUUCCCAGCAGACCUCUCACAUUUCAUAUCCGUCAUGCUGCACUGCAUAUUCAUAUAUUUAUCUGCCCUAGUGCGAUGUCUUGCAUGUCUCUGCAACCGCACUCUUCUGUCUAUUAUUUCUGAUCUUCCAGCUCACAAAGUUUUCCUUGUUAUCUGCUGCAAAAGAUCCAAAACGAUUAACCUAAAAUCUCGUUUCUGCAAAGUCCAAACGCUAGAUAAUUUCCAGGAGGCAGGUUCUCAUAUCACUGGUCCUUCUGUUUUGCAUCUUUAUUUCCGUCUCGGCAGUAUAAUAAGGUUUCGAUAAUUGUAAUGAGAUCCCGCACUUGAUGGCUUGACUUGGUAAGUGCAUAUUUUUUAUUAGACAGGUAUAACCGAUUAUUGGAUUUACUUAAUUUGCGGUACUAUUAUCACAUAACAUAAUAUACAAUUUUAGUUAAAAACAUCACAGGUACAAUACUUUUCUGCCUACAAUAAGUUAACGAUCACGGUUCCUAUUGUGCAGUGGAGGAUGCUGUGUGUUCUGACUUCAAUUAAUUAAAAAACAAAUGAAGAUAUUAUAUCCUUGCUGAUAUACCACAACUCGGUGUACUGAAUUUCGUCUUGUAAGUGUUUAGUUUUAUAAUUUUUGUUUUCCAAAGCAAAUUAUCUACUGAAUUGAGAUGCUGGAAAAAUCUUCAGAUGACGUCUGUUGUGUACAUUUAGUAGUUUAUAUGUAACGCCGUCCGGCAAAGAUUAACAGGUAUUAUAUUAUAUUUUAUUAUUUUUAUAGAUUAAUAUUAUCUUAAUGCGUAUAAGAUGGCAAAGAAUCAAAAUCAACAGUAGAACGUCAUUUAAGUUCGGUUUUUAGCUCCAGUCUGCACCAAAAUUUUACCACAGUACCUAUUACACUUAUGGCAAAGUGCAGGUUUCGCCGAGAGUCGAAAAGAAAAAAAAGAAGAGAGUUUUCAUCUGGUGGUCCAUGGACCCCUAGGGGCGUGACUGUGCGAGAAGAAGAUUUUGGUAUAGUAUUUUUAUUGAUGUUUUUGCGUAUUUAAUCUCAUGAAAAAAUUAUUGGACUAUAAGUAAACAUCGUGACUCGUACUCGUUAAAAUAAUAUUUUUUAAAUUAACAUUUUAGUAUUUAAUAAUAGGUGAUCACCCAUUAUUCAAUACACGAAAAUGUUUUUAUUUGUGCCUCUGCUCUAACACUUCUGAAUCCUGGGCUGCGAUGGAAUUUAAAAUUAGUUUGAUGACAAGUCUCAUUCACUAGGUAGGUACACCUGGAGAAUCCCACAUUCUCACCAUACAUGGUUAAGUUUUUACAUUCAAAAUUGAUACGCAGAUACUACUAAUAAUAUUAUAACUUGAUAAACCAUUUUCAAUUUUCAAACUGGCUGUGCGGGAAUUAUUCUGACACAUAUUUUACUGUCGUCACUGGUCCGGAGCGACGAAUAGCGUGUAUUUUAUGUACCUUAUUUUAGCUACACUUUUUCAUUCGGCCACUUUUAGCAACGUACUUCGAACCGUGACCGUAGAGCGUGAUGUGGCUCGUGAGUUCCAAGUACUGGAUUUCAUGUUCUAUCAUUUAUAAUAUGGUGUUCAACCGACAUUCAGUUCCACGAAUUCGUCAACCGUACACAUCGCGAGUGGGCUCCGACAUUGACGAACGACGGUAGUUUCCACUUACACACCCUUUAAGAUACCACCCGCGGCAUCCGCUAGUAGCUGCAAAGCCGCUUCGAUGCGGUUCGACCAAUCGACCAUAUAACUUAUCCCACGUGAACGUCAUUAAGUUUUGUUUUCUAUGCAUAUCGGGGAAACAAACUGAUCGUAAUGCUAUGUAGGACGACAAAUGAAAGACAACCGAAGAAAAUAGAAAACUAUUAAAUGCAUACUUCCAGACAAGCAGUGCAUUAAAAAAUAUUGAUAUAUAAUGAGUUUUAUUCAUGCCCUGGUUAUAAUAUUAUGUUUGUAGAUUGUAUACGUAUAAGCAUAUUAAUUUAACUUAACUAUUUUGUCAAAAUCUAGUCUGUUCAUUUUUGCGCGAAGAAAAUACACAUAUUUUUCGUUGGUCGUUGCACUCAUCCACGGAUCAUGCGUUUCGCCAGGCUGGCAUACUUUGCAAUGGGUCGGUGUACCUAAUUCACAUUCAGCUCACCUGUUGGGUGAACUAUCUGCUGCCGCAAAGUCCAACAUAAUCCGCAUUUCCAACACUGUGUACAGAAACCGGUGGUCGUCGGCGAUAAUAUGGCGGCCAAGCGGAAAUCCAGUUCGAAGGUGCACUUCUUACACGGAUGACCGGUUCGAAGGAGACUUCUCAACACCAUGUACCGACGUUCUUUGGACGGCUGUUUGACUCAGGAGCCACUUCUUCGGAGCGAAUGGCGUCGUACCUUCUAUAGAUGAUUUAAUUGAUGGGAUUGACACAUAUAGCCGAGCCACAGUCAUGUAUUAUAUAGUCACAUAGACCAUCUAUACACUAGUUACAAGAAUAGGGUAGGAUUUAAGGAAUAUAUAAAAUGUUGGUUAUCUAAUUAUUGAAAUUAUAGAUAUAAAAUAUUUAGUAAUUUUGAUAUCAGUUGACAAUGUCUAUAGUAACUCAGAAAAAAUUUAAUUUAAGUAUUCUAUAUAAUAGAUUAUUUUUGUGUUUCAAAUUACAAUGAGCCCAACUAAUCUGAAAAAAAUGCUAUCUUCGCACCCAUUGUAUUUAUCUACUUAUUGCUACUUUUAUUAUUUUUAUUUAGGAAUCUUAAAACUAUUUACAUUCUUAUAUAAUAUGUAUUUUUUUUC